GAAACAGAUUUUACACAUUUCUUCCUUUUUUUUAAAAAAUCCCUUGUAAUGAAAGAAGUGUGAAUCUAUGGAAAGAUCAAAUUUUUGUAUCAAUUAAAUUCUUAGAAAGGAUAAUGAAUAACUUGAAAAUUCAAGAGAAAUCAUCUUCAUCUUCUAAUAACUACGAUUCUGAUAGAGCAGUAGCAUUAAAACAGCAUUUGGAUAAUUUACAUAAACUAAUAGUUACUAAUUUCUCUAAUUUCGUCAAUCAGUAUGAAGAAGAACAAACAACUGAAUGGAUUAAACAUUUGAAUAAAUCCAAUCAAAUUAUUGACUAUAAAACUCCUUCAUAUGACUGUCUUUACAAGUACACUCUAAAUGGUAUAUUAACAGAAAAAAUAAAACCUACAGUGAAAUCCUCUGAAAGUAAUCCACAAACCGAUGAGAAGCAAAGUAAUGUCUCUAUAAAUAACGCCAUAGAUGAAUCAGAACAAAAUAAACCACAUUACUCUAUUGAUAUGAGUCAGUUUACUUUAGCACCUUUAUGGUCUUCUGAAGAUAUUUCCGAUAAUUAUAGUGAGAAUGAAAUAGACAAGGAAAGUACAAUAAAUGAACAAAUUUCAAAGAAACUACUAUUUCAUGAAGUCAUGAAUACAACUAGGACAUUAAUCGAUAUUUAUAAAGACAAUUGUCUGAAACUGAAAUGUAAUGCAAUAAAAUCUGUUAUUAAUCGGUUGGAAAAAUUAUGUACAACAAAAUAUAUAAAUUUUUCAGAAUUACACUUAAGCAAGUUAAAAUUUCAACCAGUGAGUAACUUAUUGAAGGAGUGUAAUGAAUUGGAAAUAUUGGAUCUGAGUUAUAAUAAUUUUGAAAAUGAUGGACUCAUAUUAGUGAAAUAUUUACUAGAAGAAUUUGCAUUUCUUAGACAUAUCAACCUUUCUGGCAAUCAUUUGAAUCAAGAAGCUUUCGUUUUGCUGCAAUCGAUACUAACUAAAAACACCCAAAUGGAUACAUUAAUUUUGAAAGAUGCAAGAAUAAACGAUACUGGUGCAGUCAUGAUCGCUAGUGGUUUAAGAACAAAUACACGUUUAAAAAUGUUAGAUCUAUCGAAAAAUCUUAUACGGUGUGAAGGAGCUUUAGAGAUUGCUAAAGUCUUAGCCAACAGCAUUAAUUUACAAUGGCUCAGUUUACACUGGAAUCAAAUAUGUUCAAGUGGAGCCUUUGAAUUUGGAAAUUCAUUAGAGUGCAACAAGUCACUUUUGUACCUAGAUCUUUCAUGGAACGGAUUUAAUGGAAAAUGUUUGGAAAAUCUUGGCAAAGGUUUGAGUCGAAAUUGUCAUUUAGAGGAAUUAAACUUGAAAUAUAAUCGUAUUGAUUUAAAAACUAUUAUCUCAUUUGUAGAUUGUUUAUACACAAAUAAAUCCUUAAAGAAAUUAUGUCUUGGUUUCAAUCCAUUGACAAUGGCAGGUGUUCAUGAAUUAAUUCAUGUAAUUGAAAACUCAACACAAUGUAUUCUUGAAGAAUUAGAUUUAGAAGGGUUGACAAUUAAUGAAAACAUUUUACAACAAGUACAUCGUAUUAAUCGUAAACGACAUUUCGUAUUAAAAGUCGCCAAAUGUAUCAGGUGGGAACCUCGUCAAGGAAAAUACAGUAAAACAGAUCCAGUGACAUUCUUAAUAAAUUACCUCAGUAGACAUGGAAUGCGUUUAUUAGAUUUAUACCAUUUGUUAGAUCCUCAACAAACUGGAGUGAUAAGUGAAGCUCAAUUCACAGAAAGAAUGAUUAAAAAUCACAUUCCGUUAAAUCCUGAGGAUCUCAAAAUACUGAUUAAUUAUAUUGAUUCAGAGAGAACUGAUAAAAUAACUUAUAAACUGCUUGCAAGCCGAAUUUAUUUUUUUCGAAUCAGUGUUGGUGAACAGUUACGAAUUAAAGCAACUGAAUUGUCAAAGCAUCAAUUAGAUCAACACAGAUUAUUUGUACGUCCAGAAGGACCAGAUAUAAUUGACAAACCACCAAAAGGAUUUCCUUCUAAAACAAAAAGAUCCGUUGCUAAUUCAAAAAAACAAUUAUCCAAAACGCCAAACGCAAACCUCAUGACGGAUCUAAGUAAAAGUAGCCGAAACUGUGCAAACGGUCAAGAAAAAGUGUAUCCCAAAGCAAUUUCUAGUGACAAGUUGCAGGAAGAAAAAAAUGAUCUGCCCAUAAAUUUUACAGAAAUUUUGAAAACAGAAGAGAGCAAACCUAAUUGUGCAUCCAUUAUAACUAAAGUAUCUAGCUAUGAUUCAGGUGAAAUUUUAAACCGAAUGAAAAAGUCGGAUUAUGGGAGUAUAUCAGAUAAACGCAAACCUUUAAAUAUACCGAAAUACAAAGAUUUCGGCAAACGAAUUAACGAAAAUACAAUUAAUCCUAAACUUCAUGUUAUUCCAAUAACUGAAGUUUUCGACAAGAAAUAUUUUCAAGAUUUUCUUUAUUCGUAAUUCAUACGCAAAAAUUUAAAACGGUUAUGACACACAAACUAAAUUAAUCAUGAUUCGCGUUUCGCAAAUACUUUAAACGUUUUUCUGUAUGUUGAACAAAUAAAUCAUCUGUCUGCUCCAAGCUCUUUAAGAGCUAACUGUAUAAACAUAAUAAUUAUCAAAAGGUUUUCACAUUUAAUUAGAUUCAUAACCUAAUUAAGCCUGUUACCCUCUUGGAAUGUAGACCAUCGACCAUAAAUCUCCAACCAUAUCG